CUCCGCAGUGACGUCACACGCCGGCGCCCGGGAUUCGAGCGCGGGAGCGGGAGCUGCGCCGCCAUGGACCCCGCUAGCCUGGCGCAGGAGGUGGGGCGCUGGGCGGCCCGAGAGAUGGGCUGCCCGGCCGCCCUGUUGCCCCCCGAGCCUGCGCUGCGCAGAAUGUGCAUGGGCCCCAUGGCUGAUGUCUGGACCUUUCUGACGCAGAAGAUCCAUAACCAGAGGACCGUAAAGAAGAUUCGUGGCAACCUUUUGUGGUACAGCCACCAGGAAAGCCCAGAGCAGGCUGGCCGGAGGCGAGAGCUGGAGGCAGCUCUGAUGAGGGUACAGGCAGAGAUUGGAGAAAUGGACCUGAGCCUGGAGCUGGCUGAGCGAGAGGCGGUAGCCCAGGACGUGGCCCAGGAGCUCACCCUGAAGCAGAUCCGGGAUGCCCAGGGCAAGGCUUUGCUCUUCCGGGCACGAGCAGCGGCUGCCCGGCGGCAGCAUCGAUGCCUUAAAGACCGGACCCAGCGGCUCCAAGGCCAGCUCAGCCACCUGCAGGACGUGGAAAGGAAAGCCAAAGCAGAUGUGGCCUUUGGGCCUCCAACAGCCAUGCUCUUGGGCCUAGAGCCAGAUGUGCUGCAAGAGGUCAUGCGGGUCUGUAGCCUGCGCACCCAGUUCCUCCAGGCUCUGCUGACCCCUCAUUCCGAUCCAAGGACUUUGACCACCCAGGACGACCUGUUUGCCACCACCCACAGGCAGUGGUUCAGUGAAGUGGAGGUCCUGAUGGCUUCCCACCCUCCCGCACACAUCCUGGGGGCACUGGAGCACCUGGCUUCGAGGCAGACUGCCGAGCUGCAGAUGCUCACUGCUCAGUGGGACGGGGACUCGCAGAGGCUGCAGCUGGAAGAUGUGUCGGAGUCCCCAGCCCUGCCUUCUGUGACCUCCCUUAUCCAGGAAGGCUGGCGGGCCGUAGGGAUGCUGACUUCGAAGCGUGGCCCUCUCCUGCAGCAAGGUCAAGUGCUGGCCGAGAGACUCCAGGGCCUAAUGAAGGAAGUGGCUCAGAGAGUGACGGGGCCCCAGGAGGCUCGCCAAGCCUUGUCCCUGGGGCUGCAGGUGGCCGCGCUCCAGGCCACCCGUAACUCGCUGCGAGCUCAGUGCCGGAGCCUGAAGGAGGAGGCCGGGCGGAGGCAGCAGGAGCUUUGGGAGCUCCAGGCCAAACGGCAGCGCAUUGUGAGCUGGCGGCAGCGAGUGGAGGAGACCCAGGAACGGAUCCGGGUGCUGAUCAAGGGGAAUUCUGUCAGCAAGAGUCACCUUCAGAAGAGCCCAGGAGAGGUGCAAGCCUUGGUCCGAAGGAAAGUGGUUCCGGCUGUGGGAGCUGUGGGGCUGCAGGCCCAGAACCUCCUGGGCAGACUGGAGGAGGAAGCCCAGUGGCUGCCGGGCCUGGAGCUGCACCCGCUGCUGCGGCGCCAUCCAGGGGGGCCACAGCCCCUUCCAGCCGUCCUCCCCUCUGUCUACUCUCUGCAUCCGGCGUGUCCUGGAUCCCAGAACCUCCUCCACCUGAGCCAGGACCUGGGGCUGCCCGCAGGCAAGGCCCCGGAAUUCCUCUUGCACCAGGCAGUCUCCUUGCGCCAGGAUUGGCUGUUUCUGCGGGACCAGCUGAGUCACAGGCGUGGCAUGCUGAUGCGCCUGCAGAGGGACCUGCCCCCAGGACCAUCCCCCCAGGAACUGCUUCAGAUCCAGGAGUCUGAGGAGAAGAAGCAGCAACAGCACCUGGGCCCCCUCCUGCAUCGCCUCGAGGAGCUGAUGGAGCGGGGACUGGACCGUAUCCCCCAGCUUCUGAAGGCCGUGGGGGACUGGUGGGACCAGCCAGGGCAGAACGCCCUCCCUGGAGAGCUUCAGGACCAGGAUGGCCUCUCCCUACAGCAGUGGAAGCUUCGCUGGGCCCGGGCCCAGGGGCGGAGAGCCUGAAUAGUAAGGUUUGGAGUGGAAGCACAGAGCCAGACACAGACAUGGGACACAAAUAGAAUUGGAUCCGUCCUUUCACGGAUAAAACUCCCAGUAAAGUGCCUAAAGAUUU